UUUUUUUUUUUAAUUAUUUUUAAUUAUUACUUCUUUUUUUUUUUUCCUCUUCGUAUAAUAGAAUGGUUCAUAAAGCAGUUGUUAAAAACGUGUUAUCUGGAGAUACCGUUAUUUUAAGAGGAAACCCCAGACCUAAUGGUCCUCCUCCUGAAAGAUUACUGGCUUUAUCUAAUGUUCAAGCACCAAGAUUAGGAAAUACGACUCGACCUGAUGAACCUUUUGGUUUUUAUUCUCGUGAAUUUCUUAGAAAACUAGUUGUUGGAAAGGAAGUUUCUUUUGUUCCUGAAUAUACCGUGCCUACUACACAACGUGAAUAUGGUAGCCUCUUUUUAGCUAAUGGCGAUAAUGUCGCUGAAUUAGCUGUCAAAUCUGGUUGGCUUAAGGUACGUGAAAGUGGAAAGGCAUUAUCUGAACAGGAAGAAGAAGUUAUGGAAAGAUUGUUAGAUUUGCAAAGAGAGGCUCAAGAUGCCAAGAUUGGCAUUUGGUCUGAUGACCAAGAAAAGGGUACUCGUCAAGUCUCUUUUACCUUUGAAAAAGAUGGUCAUGCUUUUUUGAAUAAAUAUAAGGGAAAGCCCUUAGAUGCGGUUAUUGAACAAGUACGUGAUGGUUCUACUUUCCGUGUUUUAUUAAUUUUGCCUGAUCAGACACAACAAUUUAUUACGUUGCAUUUAUCAGGUAUCAAAGCACCUAAUUGUAAACGUGAUAAUGCUGAUGAUACAGCUGUUUCCGAGCCCUUUGGCGAAGAAUGCAAGUUUUUUGUUGAGUCACGACUUUUACAACGCGGCGUCAAAGUUAUUCUUGAAGGACUCGCUCAAUCAGGUGGUCAAAGCUUUGUAGGUUCUGUUCAGCACCCAGCUGGUAACAUUGCUGAGUUAUUACUUUCUCAAGGUUUUGCCAAAUGCGUUGAUUGGAGCAUUACGUUGGCUACAAGUGGUCCUACUGUUUUAAGAAAUGCAGAAAAAAGUGCAAAAGAAAAGAGACUUCGUGUCUGGCGUGGCUUUGUUCCUACAACUACUUGUAACAAAAAUACAAGUGAAUUUGAUGCUACUGUUGUUCGUAUUGUGACAGGUGAUACUUUGAUAGUUAAGCCAAAGAAUGGACCCGAAAGAAAGGUUCAAUUAGCAAGUGUCAAACAAGCUCCUCGAGGUGUAGGUACUACAGCUCCUACUUCUAAAUCUAGAGAUAUGAAAGAAGUUGGAUAUCAAUUUGAAGCAAGAGAAUUCUUAAGAAAGAAAUUAAUUGGUAAGAACGUCCAUGUGACGAUUGAUUAUCAUAAACCUGCUCAAGAGGGUUAUGAGGCCAGAGAUUGUGCAACUGUCAUGGUAGGACAUCAUAACAUUGCUGAACAACUGAUUGCUCAUGGUUUUGCAACCGUCAUUCGUCAUCGUAAGGACGACGAUAACCGCUCUCAUUACUAUGACCAACUUUUACUUGCUGAAAAGAAAGCUGAGGAAGGAAAGGUGGGUGUACAUAGUACCAAGGAAUUACCUGUCGUUAGAAUUGUUGAUGCCUCCGAGAACCUCACCAAGUCUCGUCAAUUUUUAACAUUUUUGAAGCGUAGCGGAAAGAAAAUUCAUGCUGUUGUAGAGCAUGUUGCAAAUGGCUCGCGUCUCUUUGUCUGGGUUCCUAAAGAAAAUUGCCGACUUUCCUUUGUUUUAUCAGGUGUACGUGCCCCUCGUGUAGGUCGUACUUCUAACGAUAAAUCUGAGCCUUAUGGUCAAGAAGCUUUAGAAUUUGUUUCUCAAAAGUGCCUUCAACAUGAUGUUGAGAUUGAGGUCGAAAAUGUAGAUAAGGUGGGUAGUUUUGUAGGCUCCAUGUUUGUGAAUGGUGAGAAUUUGGCUGUUGCUUUAUUGUCUCAAGGUUUUGGUUACAUUCACGAAUAUUCAGCUAAUGAUUCACAUUAUGCAAAUCAAUUGUAUAAUGCUGAACUUGAAGCUAGAAACGAAAAGAGAGGACUUUGGGCAGAUUACAGUGAAGAAAAAGAGGAUGUUGAUAAACAGCAAACAUCAGGUCCUAAUCGAGAAUACAUUGACAUUGUUGUCUCAGAUAUUGUGUCUGGUUCUCACUUUUAUGUUCAAAAGAUUACAGAUGAAAUUCCUCAAUUAGAAAAAUUAAUGACUGAUCUUGGCCAAUACCAAAACAGUCGUCCUGCUGAUCCUGCCUUUAAACCCCGUGUAGGUGAAAACGUAAGUGCGAAAUUCACAGAGGAUGAUUGUUGGUACAGAGCUAGAGUACGUCGUAUCUCACAUGAAGGUAUUGAAGUUUUGUAUAUCGACUAUGGUAAUUCAGAGACUUUACCAUCUCAUCGUAUUCGUGCUUUGCCCGAGACCUUUAAGCAGUUGAAGGCACAAGCUCAAGAAGCUGUCUUGUCAUUCGUUCAAUCACCAACAAGAGAUGAAGACUAUGGUAUUGAGGCUGUUGAGCGAUUUAGAGACUUAACCGCCAAUAAGCAAUUGGUGGCCAAUAUAGAUGCUCGUGAAAAUGGUGUUUUAUGCUUAACUGUUUAUGAUUUUAACAAAUCAACGAGUGCUGAAGAAAGUAUCAACUUAGAUAUGGUGCGUGAUGGUCAAGCAUUUGUAACACCAAAGGUGCGUUAUGCUCGUGGAAAUGAAACUAUUGUUAAGGCGCUUCAAAAUGCUCAAGAGGAAGCCAUCAGACGAAGAUGUGGUAUGUUUGAAUAUGGCGACAUUACGGGUAAUGAUGAUAUUACUGAUUCUCGUUAUUAUUAAUUUUAUCCCCCGUUCAUUUUACCCUUUUCUUUUUCCUUUUUUAUUUUUCUUUUUAUUUUAAUAUAUAAUUACGUAAAAGAGAGAAGAAAAGAAAA